AAAUCCCUCAAGAACCUAUUUAUAUGGAAGCUCUUAACACUCUUCGGCCUGUUUUUGAUGCUUAUGAUAGAGGCUACAACUUUGGCGAACAGGGACUUUAUUAUGAUAUCAAGCAUAACCCUAUCAACCACUUUAAGGCCUUUUAUCAACUCUUUCGUCUCUUUGUAUUUCUUGGUUUGCCCAUCUUCAAUUAUUUUUCUCUCGGGCGCUCAUGAUCUCCUUGUUACGUUACUAUCGACAGCAAGAUUCUCUGUCAAAACAUCCUGGGAAUUCGAUGGUCUAAUGCUGUCGAUAAACUGGACUACUGGCGCCGAGUUGUCAACCUUGAUUCAAAAGCUCUCAAGCCACAAGAAGGUAGACAACUUAGAUUCCGUGGCACUAUUCAAACUGAUGGCGUUGGUAUCACGGUUCUCAAGAAGAGGUUCGCCAGGCAAACAAGAUACACGGCAAGGUUCACAGUGGAGUAUGAAGCUACCUUCUACAUCAUCAACCUAACUCGUCGAAAUUAUCAAGAGAUUUCUGGUCGAUGCGUCGCUGUGGACCCAGGAAGAAGAGAUAUGUUGUAUUUUGUACACGAAAACUCUACACCAGAGCAACCAGUGCAAUUUCAGUACACUAAACAACAGCAAGAAAAGACGUGGAAAACCAAAAAGUACCGCCGAAUCUUGCAAGAUCUCAAAGCCCAGAAUCCUGAUGUCGUUCA